AUGGAAGAAAAAAGUAUUAGAAUAAAAAUAGAAACACCACAAUCAGAAUCAGAAGAACAACCUAAAAUAAUUGAAUUAAUUUAAAAGGAUCAAGAAAAGAAAUUUAGAUUAAAUAGAAAAAGAAAUGACGAAAAAAAGAACAUAAGAUAUUCAAUAUAGAAAUAUUAACUAAAUUUAAUUAUUAAAAACCAACUCCAAUUUAAACGGUUGCUAUACCAAUUAUUUGUAAAAAAAGAAUCUUAUGACAAUUGCACCUAGAAGAUUUGGUAAAACUUGUGCUCAUACAUUAUCUAUAUUAAAUAAUUUAUAAAAUCAUAAGGAAAGAGGACCAAGAUGUUUAGCACUUAAUACUGUAUAAGAAUUAGCUCAUCUAUUUUAUAAAGAAUUAGCUGA